UUGUGGUACAAAGGAAGCCAUGCAGGAUGAAGACGGAUACGUCACCUUAAAUGUUAAAACUCGAAAGCCAGCUCUCACCGCAGUUGAGCCUGCUUCCUCCCCCUGGUGGCGUGCGGUGGCUUUGAUUCUGCUGAUCUUGUGCAUGGGGAUGGUCGUUGGCAUGGUGGCUCUGGGGAUUAUGUCUGUCACACAGCAAAAUUACCUCCAAGCUCAGAAUGAAAAUCUCUCAGGAACUCUGCAACGAUUAGCAAAGCACGUCUGCCAAAAUUUACUGAAACAAUUGGAAAAAGAGGGCACUUUCAGCCAUAAAUGCAGCCCCUGUGACACAAACUGGAGGUAUUAUGGAGAUAGCUGCUAUGGAUUCUUCAGGCACAACUUGACAUGGGAAGAGAGUAAGCAGUACUGCACUGACAUGAAUGCUACUCUCCUGAAGAUUGCCAACCAGAACAUUCUGCAAUACCUCAAAACCAGGACUAGUUUAAUUCGUUGGAUUGGAUUAUCCCGCCAGAACUCUGAUGACGUCUGGAGGUGGGAAGAUGGCUCAGUUCUCUCCAAAAAUAUGUUUGAACUUUCUGGAGAUGGAAAAGAAAAUAUGAAUUGUGCUUAUUUUCAUAAUGGGAAAAUAUAUCCUACUUUCUGUAAGAACAAACUUUAUUUAAUGUGUGAGAGGAAGGCUGGCAUGGCAAAAUUCGAUCAACUACUUUAA